CGAGAUCAAUUCGAGCGGCGACAACAGCAGAAGUAGCAACAGCGCUGUCACUAGCGGUAAGCAUACUCAAAUAAGCAAUUGGCGGUCGAUUGAAAUUAAAUUGUACACAAUGUCUUUGUAUAUGCCACUUACACCGGACAUAUUGGCCUUGUGUUUGCUUUUCGCUUGGCUUAGAAAGAUCAAAGGGCCAGAACAAUAUGCCAAGGUCAAAAUGCUGGCUUGGCCGUUCUUUCCCUUUCUCUUUCUCUCUUUCUCUCUUUUACUGACCACACUAAACGCUAUUUUGCAUACAUAUAAAAUCCACCCACCCGCCUACUCACUCAAAAAAUACUAUACGCUACUACAUUCGAGCAAAUUGUCAAUUCGUUAGUCAUUUGUCGCCCUCCUUAUAAAUACCUGCAUAAUAUCCUCAAACUAAUAAAUUUUUAUUUCACAUACACACUGCGGCAACAUGGUGCCCCGGCAAAAUAUUGGGAUUGUGCGCCGAUACGUAGACAGUUGGAAGAGCUGGGCGCAGCUAGUGCGGGAGUCACGCCUCGUCAGCGCUUUGCCGGCUAUUGUCAUCGCGUUGAUAAUAGCCAACCUGCCCGCGCCUCACGGCCUCUCUGACACAAGUAUGCGGUUACUGGGCGUGUUUGCUGGGGUGGUCAUGGGCUUGCUGACAGCUGACUAUGACACUUCAGUCAUCCUGGCCGUAGCGCUGCUCAUGCUGACGCUGACAAAGAGCUUCAUGUGCACUACACUGGACGGGAAGCACGUCGAGUGCGACAGGUGUAACACAGUGUAUCGAGGAAAAACGGGGCGCUGGGACGAGUACAAGUGUGACCCAAUUGGCGGCAGCUUUGAGGCUGCCAUUUCAGGCUUCUCCAACAAGAUUGUAUGGCUCGUAUUCUGUGCAUUCCACAUUGGAAAGGCCGUUGAGAAGACGGGGUUCGGGCGGCGCGUGUCUCUGGCGCUGGUUCAAGCCAUGGGCAGAUCAACCAUUGGUAUCGGCUAUGCGGUUUGCCUGGCAGAGCUCGCGCUCGCGCCGUUUAUCCCUUCAAAUACGGCCCGCGGUGGCGGCAUUGUCUAUCCUAUCGUCGAGUCGGUGAUUGCGUCGCUCGGCGUGGAUCCGCAGAUGGGUGAGAAUCCAAUGGGCGGGUUUCUCUCUAUCAUUGCCUCACAUGCUAAUCUACUGUCUUCGUCGUUGUUUAUAACGGGUAUGGCGGGAAACCCGAUUGUUGCUAGCAAGGCCGCGAGUAUAUUCGAUAUCGAAUUUGGCUUUAUUGAGUGGCUUCUAGGCGCUAGUGUGCCCGUCCUGCUGCUAAUACUCAUCAUGCCGCCGAUUAUGCAUGCAUUUAUGCGCCCAACCGUCAACUUUGCUCGCCUAGAAUGCGAGAUACGCCGUCAGAACCGCAACUUGGGCCCGGUGUCUGAGGACGAGUACAAACUGUGCUUGACGCUUCUCUGCUGUCUGGUUAUGUGGGUCGGAACGCCGUACUUUGGUAUCGACGCCACUGUAGUGGCAUUUAUAGCCAUUGUCGCGCUCAUCCUCCUUAACGUUCUCAACUGGGACGAUGUGGUCAGAAACCACAAGGCAUGGGACACGUUCUUUUGGCUAGCAGCAUUCAUAGUGCUGGCCGAGCAGCUUUCGGAACUGGGAGUCACCGACUGGAUCGGAAACACACUUUCGAGCUCGCUGCACAAUGCGUCGCCAUUGAGAAGCACGCUGACUCUCGCUGUUGUGUACUUUUUCUCAAUGUACUUUUUCUCGUCGAUUUCCAGCCAUGUUGUCGCCUUUGCCGGACCCUUUUUUGUCGCCGGCAAAGUACUCGGGUGCCCGCCACGUUUGCUGGCCAUCCUCAUUGCUAUCUUCAGCUCGAGCGCGGGUGUUCUGACGCCAUUUUCGACGGGCUCUGUGGCAAUGUAUGCCUCGCAAGGCUAUAUCACGCAGCCAAAAUGGUUUCUCAUCGGCAUUAUGUCGGCGGUGGCCAUUCUGUGUGUGUCGUUUUCAGUGGGCUUGCUGUGGUGGAAACUUCUUGGUUGGUAUUAGCGCCUUUUUAAUAAAUUAAUAAAUGUCUU